CGGCGGGCGCCGCGGUCGCUGCUCUCGCCUGGCUGGAGACGCUUUCAGCCGACAUGGGCUGUUUCUGCGCCGUUCCGGAAGAAUUUUACUGCGAAGUUUUGCUCUUGGACGAGUCCAAGCUCACCCUCACCACCCAGCAGCAGGGCAUCAAGAAGUCAACAAAAGGCUCUGUCGUCCUUGACCAUGUUUUCCGUCACAUAAACCUCGUGGAGAUAGAUUAUUUUGGGCUGCGGUACUGUGACAGAAGCCAUCAGACAUAUUGGUUGGAUCCCGCAAAGACUCUUGCAGAGCACAAGGAACUGAUCAACACUGGACCUCCAUAUACUUUGUAUUUUGGUAUUAAAUUCUAUGCUGAAGAUCCAUGUAAACUCAAAGAAGAAAUAACCAGAUAUCAGUUUUUCUUACAGGUGAAGCAAGAUGCCCUUCAGGGCCGCCUGCCUUGUCCUAUCAACAUUGCUGCUCAGCUGGGAGCGUAUGCCAUCCAGGCCGAACUGGGAGACCACGACCCAUACAAGCAUACUGCAGGGUAUGUGUCGGAGUACCGGUUUGUUCCUGAUCAGAAGGAAGAGCUGGAAGAAGCCAUAGAAAGGAUCCAUAAAACUCUAAUGGGUCAGGCUCCAUCCGAAGCUGAGCUGAAUUACUUGAGGACUGCCAAAUCCCUGGAGAUGUAUGGCGUUGACCUCCAUCCUGUCUAUGGAGAAAAUAAGUCCGAAUAUUUCUUAGGCUUGACUCCAGUGGGCGUUGUCGUCUAUAAGAAUAAAAAGCAAGUGGGGAAGUAUUUCUGGCCUCGGAUUACGAAGGUGCACUUCAAGGAAACCCAGUUUGAACUCAGAGUCUUGGGAAAAGACUGUAAUGAAACCUCAUUCUUUUUUGAAGCUCGGAGCAAAACUGCUUGCAAGCACCUCUGGAAAUGCAGUGUGGAGCACCACACAUUUUUCAGAAUGCCAGAAACAGAGUCAAAUUCAUUAUCAAGAAAACUCAGCAAGUUUGGGUCCAUAAGUUAUAAACAUCGGUACAGUGGCAGGACAGCUUUGCAAAUGAGCCGAGAUCUUUCUAUCCAACUUCCCCGGCCCAAUCAGAACGUGGUGAGAAGUCGAAGCAAGACGUACCCCAAGAGGGUAGCACAGACUCAGCCCGCUGGAUCAAACGUCAUCAAUCGGAUAACCGGAAACAUGGAAAACGGGGAGAGCGAAGGGACCACCAAGAUCAUUGCGCCCUCACCAGUGAAAAGUUUUAAGAAAGCAAAGAAUGAAAACAGCCCUGACCCCCAAAGAAGCAAAUCUCAUGCACCUUGGGAAGAAAACGGACCCCAGAGUGGACUCUACAACUCCCCCAGUGACCGCACUAAGUCACCAAAGUUUCCCUGUACACGGCAGCGCAACCCCUCCUGUGGCAGCGACAAUGACUCCUCGCAGCCGAUGAGGCGAAGGAAAGCUCACAACAGUGGCGAAGACUCAGAUCUAAAGCAAAGGAGGAGGUCGCGCUCACGCUGUAACACAAGCAGUGGUAGUGAGUCGGAAAAUUCUAACAGAGAACACCGGAAAAAGAGAAACAGAAUACGACAGGAGAGUGACAUGGUUGAUUCGGCGCCUCAGUGGGAAGCCGUGUUAAGGAGGCAGAAGGAAAAGAACCAAGUGGAUCCUAGCAACCGGAGGUCCAGACACAGAUCUCGCUCAAGAAGUCCUGAUAUCCAAGCAAAAGAAGAACUGUGGAAGCACAUCCAGAAGGAGCUUGUGGACCCAUCUGGAUUGUCAGAAGAGCAGUUGAAAGAGAUCCCAUACACUAAAGUAGAGACUCAGGGUGACCCCGUCCGCAUCAGGCAUUCGCAUUCCCCUCGGAGUUACCGGCAGUACCGGAGAUCCCAGUGCUCAGACGGAGAGCGAUCCGUUCUCUCGGAAGUGAACUCAAAGACAGAUCUUGUACCACCACUUCCGGUCACCCGCUCCUCGGAUGCUCAGGGGUCUGGAGGCUCUACAGUUCAUCAGAGAAGAAAUGGGUCUAAAGACAGCCUGAUUGAAGAAAAAUCUCAGCUAUCUACAAUCAAUCUGGCUGGAAAACACACAGCAAAAACAAUAAAAACCAUCCAGGCUGCUCGUCUCAAGACAGAGACUUGACCCGGUUAAGGGGUGUGGGGUGGGGUAUGGAGGUGUGUGUGCCACUGGUACUUUUGAAACUGUGAAUUAGAUAAUUAUCUACAUAUCCUGGACAUGUGUCUUUAGCACAAGAACAUUAGCAUCUCUUACGGAUUAAGGAUUUAUGCACAGCAUUCUUGUGCUGUGGGCCUCUGGAAGGACAACCUUAUAAACUCACUGGAUUCCACAAUCUUUGCUGAAAUUCUGACCAUCCAACUCCAUGUUUCUCCUCUCUCCACCACAGCCAAUAUGAGAGGCUUCUAAUGAGCCCCUGGAUUCCUGACCCACAUCAGACUGUAGUGACUUUUAUUCCCACAAAAUGGUUUGUAAUAUUGUUACUUUGUGACAUUAAGUCCCAUGGUUAUUUACAAGUAAUGUAAAAAGCUGUUAAGUGUUGAUCUGAAUUUAAGUGUCCUUGUCUUGUGUUUUCUGAAGAAAAAAAAAUAAGCCCAUGUGAGGUUUGUCCCUGACUCUACACACCUGCCCACCCAUGUUCCCAUGGACCUUUAUCUCUGCAUGAUGGCUUUUCAGAUAGGAACAGUACUCAGAACCCUCUGUAUCUGCCAUCAGCUGUGACCUAUCCUUUCCUGUAGCGGUCUCUAGCUCCCUUGAAAUUCUCCACUCAGUUACUAUUUAAGCCUUUUCAAGACAAGGUCUCAGAUACCUGCCUCUGCCAUGCUGGAGUUUUAUUACUGCCCAGUAAUUCAACUUUAUGCCACAAAUGCCUCCAGCUAUUUGAGGCUUCAACUGGGGGCAGACUGCUCAAUGAUAAGUGUUUGCCAAGCUCUACCCCCAACUCCCAAGGUUCAACUGUGGCCUUUGCUUCCCCCACAAAACUAAAACCAAAUUCAAGGAUUCCUUCCCAGUGUUCUGUCUCAAUGUCCUCUUCAUUCUUCUGCUGUAAUUCUAGGGCCUCUUCAUCCCCACGUCCUUGCAGCUCACCUCACUGGGGUAAGCUCUCAUUGCCCACCUGUGUGCCCUGCUCUGGCUCCCUCUCUUGCUUUAAUAAAACCUAAGCCUUA